AUCAGCUGAACUGCAGCUGUCUAGGUCGUGUUCAUGUUGUUUACAAAUACUGCUAAGAAGAACUGAGUAAUGCGUCGAAAUUCUUUGUCUUGUAAUUUAAAUAGGAUACUUUUUGUCAUCAAGUCUAUUUUACUUCAUAUUUAGCAAUGAAUUCGUUCUAUUUCAUGGUGUAUUUUUAUUUUCUUGCCUGAAAUGGCUGCCAAGUCAAGAGGAGUUAUCAACUUGCGAUUUAAUCAAGACCAAGGAUGUUUUACCUGCUGCAUGGAAAGUGGCUUACGGAUAUACAAUGUCGAUCCGUUGGUGGAAAAAGCUCACUAUGACAUGGAAUUGAUGGGAAGUGUAGCACAUUGUGAGAUGCUCUAUCGUACCAAUCUGUUGGCGAUUGUGGCUGGUGGGUAUCGCCCCAAGUUCGCCAACAACACUGUUUUAAUCUACGACGAUAAAGAAAAGAAAUUUGUCAUCGAACUAGUCUUUCCUUCACAAGUCAAAGCUGUUCGGCUAAGAAGAGAUAAACUUGUAGUGGCGACUUGCAAUCAGAUAAACGUAUUCUCGUUCCCCUCACCAACCCAGCGACUGUUCACGUUGGAGACGAGGAACAACGAACUCGGACUGUGUGAGGUCAGCCCCGUCCUCACCUCGGAGAGACAACUGUUGGCGUUCCCCGGGCACAAGCUGGGUAGCGUCCAACUGUUGGACUUGGCGUCUACAGAGGCUGGGAUGUCGAGUGCGCCAGUGACCAUCAACGCACACGAGGGUGAGCUGGCGUGUCUGGCGCUUAAUCACCAAGGCUCUAUGGUAGCAACGGCCAGCAGCAAGGGUACAUUGAUACGGGUGUGGGACACGACCCGGCGCACGAAACUGGUGGAGCUCCGAAGAGGAUCCGAUCCAGCCACGCUUUACUGCAUCAACUUCAGUCCCAACUCCGAAUUCCUGUGCUGCUGCAGUGACAAGGGAACAAUCCACAUAUUUGCACUGAAGGACACUCGUCUAAACCGGAGAUCGUCAUUCUCAAAGACGGGUUUGCUUGGCAACUACGGGGACUCACAGUGGGCGCUCGCCAACUUCACCGUUCCACCAGAGUGUGCUUGCAUCUGCGCCUUCGGAUCUAGGAACUCAGUUAUCGCAAUAUGUCUGGACGGCACGUUUCACAAGUACGUUUUCAACGCUGACGGUAACUGCAACCGCGAGGCCUUCGACGUCUACUUAGAUGUGUGUGACGACGACGAAUAUUAGGAUCUCCUAUUGUGUGAUUUAUCAGUACAAAAUAAGGUUUGAACCAAUGGUGAGUGACAUAUUUCCGACCGCUUCUGUGGAGAGAGUUUAUAAUACGUUGCGUAGUACAGGCAAAACAGUGCACAACAAUUACGCUGUUUGAGUUUCCUUUUUUAUUAGCUUUAUAGUAAACGUUUAUGUCGUAAGCGAUGAUUGAUUUGAAUUAUUAAGAAUUGUUUGCAUUAGAGUGGUUUUUUUAGCUUUAAGAAAAAUAUUUCUCCCCGUUUCAUGAGGGUAUAGCUUUAUUUAAUUAAGGAUUUAUAGGUUAUGUUGUAUUUUCUUGUUUUUCAAUUAACAUUGUUAUUUUUAGCCAAAUACUAACCCUUUAUCUAUGUAUCAUAAGCUGUGUGAUUCCUGAAACAAAUUGUUUUUCUGAAAGCUUUGAAAUACUUAAAAUGUUGGUUGUUUAUACUGUUAAGCCUAGAUUAUAAAAUAGCUAUUUUUAUAUAAGUUAUUGUAAAUAAUAUUUUUGGUAAUAAAAGAAAUUCCACUAUUGUGAACCUUCCCACCUCAGUCCUGGCUAAAUAUUUCCAGACAGAACAUCCUCAAAUAAGUCUAUGUCAUUUUAAUAAGUAGAAUGUCACAUUCCUGAUUGAUAGAAUACUUUUAAGACGAAUAGUAUAUUUUUAUAUCUACACUUUUUCAUAUACCGUAAAUUAACUUAUACACAAACCUGUAUACAUCUUGUUGGUUGCUAGAAAAUGCCAUCCAACAAACAUAACUGAUUUAGACAAGGUUAAGUUAAGUAUUUUAACCAAAAUAAAGUAUAUAAACUUAAUCAUACUAAGUUUAUCUGACCAAUGCUUUUGCAUCAAAGUGGAUCUAAAAUAGAAUUAUUGAUAUCUAAUCCAGUAAUUAACGUAUCAUCUAAAAAAUAAACAUUAAAAAGUCUGUUCAUUUACAGUUCAUAACACUUGUUUUCUUUUACGAGGAAUGGUUAAUUAAUUUAUAAACUCAUGAGAAUUAAUUUACCAUCUCUCUAUCAACAAUCAGUAGUGGUUAUUUACAAUUCCUAACCUCUUUAAGAGUAUUUCUCCAUUUUCGCCAUGUAAACUUUCUAGUGUUUUCGGUGGUCCAUGUGUACAGAAUGUUGUGUGCUGCUUUGCCUUUAGGCUGAAAUUAUGCCCGAGCUCAAUAAUUCAGCUCAAACGUCAGCCCGUGUACAUAACCCGACCAAGUAGAUUGCUAGCGUUCAUCUCCUCUCUGUGUAAAUCAAAAAAGGGCUGUGACCAAAUUUCAUUUCUGGAACUAAUUCAUGACAUGUACAGUGUUUUGUGUAAGUGCAUUACUCACCGUAAUCUAAGUUAAAUGCCUGCAAUAAGCCUCAAUUUUGUACUGCCAUUACUGGUCAUUUUACUUAGUUUGUGGCGUUGCUUAUCGUACGAUUUCUAUUCGUUGUAUUUAUUGUUGUUAAGCGAAUUAGUUAUAGUACUUUUAACUUUGUUUUUAUAAAAACACUAUUGAGUCAUUUUGUAAUAAAUCAAUUUGAGGUUA